AUGUCCAUGCACCGCGAGUUGGGCAAGAGCAAGCUUUUCCGGGACGCGCUAUCCGAUUUCACGCUUCCAAGUCCCGAACGGCAUCAAAUCACCUUCAACCGUGCUGAAGCCAUCGCCCGUUCUUCCAACUACACGUUGAAGGACGUCUACGAGAUAUCGGAGCAUUUCUGGCUCGGCGCCAUCGACCCAUUGGUGGUUAUAGACGUCGCAGCAUACUCGACAACGCUUAUCCAGUUCAACCUCGCCACUGGAACGCUAUCUGCGUGGGCACAUCGCCCGGAAAUAGCAGAGCUGUGUCGUCAGCUUCUCAACUGGGAAGUCUCCGGCCAUUUCCUGCUCACGGAAGUCGCGCAUGGACUUGACACGCAGAACAUCGAAACCACGGCGACACAGCUUCCCGAUGGUGGCUUCGACCUCCACACUCCACAUCCUGGGGCCGCCAAGUUUAUGCCUUGUACGACGCCUGUUGGUGGGAUUCCCCGUGUUGCGGUGGUAAUGGCGCGUCUAAUUGCCAACGGAAAAUUCCAUGGUGUCCGGCCCUUCUUCGUCCCCCUCAACGAUGGGAAAGGGACGAUGAACCAGGGCAUAACGAGUCGACCCCUGCCUGAUCGAGCGGGGACGCGUCCCAUGGGAAACGGAAUCACCACCUUCACCCACGUCCACCUUCCGGCCACUGCCUUUUUGGGCGACUGGGAAACUACGCUGCCUCCGCGAAUCCACCUUCUCGCGAGCAUCUGGCGACUCGGGAUCGGCACGACAACCUUGGCAGGCCUCGCCAUUCCCGCGCUUCGUGUUGCAGCCCAUGUCACUGCUGACUUCGCCCGCCAGCGCCAAGUGACAGACUCCGGGGGGAAGACGGUGCCAAUACUGUCAUUUAGAACGACAGGGACGCCGAUCGUGAAGGCGCUUGGCCAAGCCGCCAUCCUGGAAGCGCUUUAUCGAGAGCUGCGACCGUAUUAUGCGGCGGACCCGAAAACCCGGAAAGCACACGCUGACGGUCGACGUCAUAAAUAUGCGCAACUUCGCUCUCGACGCAUUGUCUUGACGGAUCGUCUCGGCGCGCGAGGCCUCCUUCUCGAAAAUCAAUUGAUGUCUCUUGAGGCAGAGCUUCGGGGGAUGGCGAUCGCCGAAGGAGAUGUCCUCGUACUAUGCAUUCGACUUGCAACGGAAUAUCUUUUGGGUCGAUAUGCCCUCCCGCCACCCCGGUACCCCGACAGCCCGCUGGCAAAACACGAAAAGGGAAUCUACGACGAGAUGCGCGACAUCCUCGUCGCUCUCGGCAGCGACCACCGCUCGGCCGCGUUCAACAGCGCGCUCCUCCCACGCAGUGUGCCCCUCGUACUCGCGAUUGGACAGCGCAUGGCCUACGAGGCGGCUCUGGAGGCUGGUGUCCACUCUGCUUUCGUCCGGCUCUACGUCUCCUCAGCCGUCCUGCAGGACCUUGCGUGGUACACCGAGAAUGGCCUGACCACACGCGUAGAGGCGAUGAAAGCGGAAGAAAGCGCUAUUACGGAGGCGCUCGACAUAAUGGAGGAGAUGUUGGACAAGAAUGGGUGUGCGCCGCUGCUGCAUGCCCCGAUAUUGUCGCAGAGUGCUUGGACGGAGUGGGUUGACACGUUGCCCUUGCAUCGAUCGAAACUAUAG